AUGCAGCUAAUAUAUUUAUUAAUAGUGGGUGGAACUUAUUACUUAAUUGUGCAAUCAUCCUUCAGCUACAUUCCAGGAUACUACCUAAGUGGAGCGCACAGGUACACAAGCUUUUUGGCAGUUGGAGUGGGUAUUCUCCUCUUUCUAUUUACUAGCUUUUCUGAUCCAGGGGUGGUAAAUUCAACCAAUGUAUCUCAAUACCUUUCAGCUUAUCCAUACGACAACAUUAUCUUCUCAGAGAAAGAAUGUCCAACCUGCAAGAUUCCCAAACCUGCUAGGUCAAAGCACUGUAGCAUAUGUAAUCGCUGUGUAGCUCGGUUUGACCACCACUGUGCUUGGAUGAACAAUUGCAUAGGAGAGAGAAACACAAGAUACUUCAUGGCUUUUCUAAUUUGGCAUUUGCUCCUCUGUAUAUAUGGGAUAGUUGCACUUGGGUUGCUUCUUGCUGGAAGAGUGAAAGAACAACAAAUUAUCCACAUUCUAACAGCUUAUUAUGGGAUUGAGAAUUCAUUCAGAAAGUUGGCUCCACUUGUUGUACAGUGGCUGUUGAACUCUCACAACACACAAAUACUUAUCAUUGUAUUUCUGGCCGUAAUUUCUCUUCUGAUAGCGGGUUUCUUCAUCUACCAUGCUAAACUUUGCAUCACAAACACUACCACCAACGAGAGUUUCAAAUGGCAAGAGCACAUGAGUUGGCAGAGGAAAGUAAACGAGGCAAAAGCAAGUGAAGCAGCCCUGAAAGCGAGCUUAGGCGAACUACAUGAAGAAAGGAAAACUCGAGGGAGCAAAUGGACAGCUUUUUUCAGAAGAUCACGUCUGGAGGAAGUUCAAGUGGUCAAGAAUAACCUUUAUGACAAAGGCCUUUAUUACAACAUCUUACCCGAAAAAGUGCACAUCAACUUAGUCGAAGGAAAAUCCAUAACUCCAACUGCUAUCGGAAUACCGUUUAGCUGA